AAACUCUAAAAAUAUAACAAGUCUUCCAGCUUAAUUAGCCUUACAGCAACAUCACAUUCACAGCUCUCUGGCAGCAAAAAAAAACAAUGGCAACCGCUUCCCACAUUAUCUCCUCCACCAAUUCCAUCCUCACCUUCCACUCACCGCAAAAACCCUCCAUUUUUCUCCAUUCUCCAUCAUCUACCAAACUGCCUACUACAUUCUCCACCCAAAUCUUCACCACCACCACCCCUCAACUAACUCUAACACCAGCUAAAGUUAUUCCCUCCACCGUCACCUCCGCUGCCUCAACAGACAAGUUCUACGGCGUCUGCUACGUUGUUCGCGACGACAUCGAUACUGAUCAAAUCAUCCCUACAGAAUAUACCACCUUGAAUCCCUCCGACCCUGAAGACUACAAAAAGCUAGGAUCAUAUGCUCUUGUUGGACUUCCUUCUUCGUAUGCUCUUCGUUUUAUUGAGGAAGAUGGGUUUAUGUCAAAGUACUCAAUCAUCAUUGCUGGGAGAAAUUUUGGGUGUGGUUCUUUAAGAGAAGUUGCUACUGUUGCAUUGAAUGCUGCAGGAGUAAAAGCUGUUGUGGCAGAGUCAUUUGAUGAGAUUUUCUUAAAGAGUUGUGUGUCAAAUGGACAACUUUUUCCUUUGGAAUCAAACGUUAGGAUUUGUGACGAGUUUAAGACAGGAGAUGUUGCCACAGUUGACAUUGAAGAGAGAAUUUUGACUAAUCAAACCACUGGAAAAGUCUACCAGUUGAAGGCUUAAUAACGUCUCUUAAUGCCCCUGUUUGUUGGAUUCUGUGAAAUGAUGCCCAAAAAUGGCUGGAACUUGAGGUUUUUCUGUUACUGUAAACAUUUUAUUUCCGAACUUGAGGUAGAAUUUGAUGAAGAUUAUGGGGAAGAGAUGUGUAAAUCUUCAUUUCUGAUAUUUUUGGGUGAAAAAUGAUGAUUGAUUAACCCAAUAAAUGAAAAAAUGGGGAAAGAAAAUCUUGGCCAGGUGAUGAUUUGAAUUGGGAUUGUGUUUAAUUUUGUAGUUUAGCUAGCUCUUUUAAGUUUUAAUCUUGUACUAUAGUUUUUUUUUUUUACUAGGCUACCCUCCUUCUACUGAGGCAGCUUAAAAUAUCCUUUGGAACAAUUAUAUCAAACUGUCGUGAUGCAACUGUCAUACUUCCUCUGUUUCGUUUUAAAUGCAACAAAGGAGUAUUAUUUGUGAAAUAUAAAAUAUUUCUCUUUUGCAUUUAAAAUAAAACGGAUGAAGUAUAUGAUAUAUAGAAUUAUAUUAACUUUA